UCUCACCCAGUGCUCACAGCUCAGCCAUGGCUCCACUCCCUCUAACCAGAAUCCUGCCUCCCAGCUUCCUAGCACAUCUACUGCUAUUCUCCCUAAUAUCACUUUCUGUGUGUGUGGAGUUCACAGAGGAAACGGGCAAACUGGGCAAGAUCAACCUGCUUCAGAGAGGGGGCAACCAGUGGGCUAUUGGUGAGUAGAAUGCUGAUAUUGGGGUCUGUGGGUCACAUCAGGAGGGGGAGUGGGUCUGUUUGGUGGGCUAAAGGUUCAGCUCUACAAAGUCUUCAAAUGAUUGUGAUAGGUCUCAGGUAAAAAGAAAAACAGUCAGUUUGGAACAAAAGUGACAUCUUAUUGUCACCCAGAUUAGGGACAUGUGUAAUGUGCAUGAGGAGGAUUGUAAAAACUCUUUUUGGAAUGUUCAGUGGGAUUAAAGAAUCCUUGAAGAAUAUUUCGAAGACUAAAUGGAUUAUCAGGUUAGUAAACACCUUAAAUCCCACUGCUGCUACCAAUUUAGCUUUUACCCCAGCGAGAAUUAGCACACCCACCCUGUAUCCUGGACACGCGUCAAUUAAAUGUUGUUGGCUUUAUGUAGAAUUCUUAUAAAGUGCAAAUAAAAUCAUUUCAUUAUACAAAGAAGUAGUUUCCCAAAGGAACUGCCCCGAUGAGUUGAGUUUGAUCUUGCAGCAUAUGAAUACUAUACACAUGCUACUCGUUUCAACUGAAACAAUGAAAUACGAAGAUGUGAUAUGUGUUCAAGAAUGCUAUGCGGUUCGAUCAACACUUUAACCCUAGCAGUAAUACUGUAUUCAAAUAUUUUGUUACUGAGACAACUUAGUGACCAGAUUUAAUUUGAGGUUUCAUUUAGUCCCAUCUGAGCACGUCACUCAUAAAAUGUGUUAAAAUGUCGCUUCCUCGUAAAAGUAAAGAGGGCCAGUGAUAGCCAAACAAAAAAUGAUUACAAAGAAAGUGAGCUAAAGACAGCCAGAAAUAGCAGAAAAUAGGGACUUAUUCCAAUAUUAAAUAACAGACUAGCACACCUUUACCCUAAGGAGUCCAGAUUAUUGUCCAGGAUGUAUCCCCAGAUAUUAACACAUUGCUUAACCUAUAGAACGGGUCAUUCUCAUUGUACAAACAUUGCCCCAAAGAAUGUAUUCAUACAUAUUAAUGACGGAUUAAUUAUAAUCUAAUGUAUACAUAACACCACUAGAAAAGUGUUAAAAUGACCUAAUCUAUUAUGGCCAAGUACCAGACACUUUAUAUGCAGAAUUUACUUCAAGUCAAAUUCCCUCUCUCUCUCUCUUUUUAUAUAAAAGUUGUCAUAUUUAAAACAAGAAAAUACCAAAAUAAGGAGACAUAUAUACACACACACACACACAAUGUUUAAACACCUCAUCUAGGCAAAAAUAAUGGGGGUUAAGUUACAAUUUAUGAUUGAUCAGACAUUGCAUAAGCCUGCCACAACAACAGUGGACCCCAUUCUUGACAGGUGAGGUGAGUUUUAAAUAAAACUAUUACAUUCUGUGAGACUUGAAAUUCCUGUUCAGUGAAUGAGCGAGUGCGUGGAUCUUGUAUAAGAUAUAUAUCUAUGAAAUAAAGCUCCAGCACUCAGUAAUUCCAGGUGCAAUGUGUGUUUUAUUCAGCCAUCCCAAAUGACAGGCAGCAUUUUGACACAAUGUGUUUCUUUGUCAAGGUUUGAUAAAGACAAACAUCGUAUCGAAACGUUGUCUGUAAUUUGGGAUGGCGGAAUAAAACACACGUUGCACCUAGAAUUAGAGUGCUGGAGCUUUAAAUCUUAGAAUUACUUUUGGAACCUUGGAGCAAGGACUUUUACUCAUGGCACAGGUACCAAAAAUCUUGGAGCUUGAAUAGUGCCUCUCCUAUGUACUUAGUUUUGAUCAGGUAUCUCAAACAGUCAUGCAGGUUUUGUAUAAAUAAACAGUGGUAUUAUGAGGUGUGUGGAUAUUAAAUGGCUCAGUGUUAUGUUAUUACUCUCAUAUUUAAACAGCAGCAGAAAACCCCUCCCCUGCUCACCAUUUCAUAUAGAAAAGGUUAAACUUAUACACGGUCAUUAACAUAUAUAUUACAGCCCGACCUACCUGCCUAGCAGCUAAACACUAAACUGUGAGUUCAUUGAUUACACAGCGUCACUACUCAUGGGGAAUAUCUCCCAAAACAGCUGUGUCCUGACCUUUGCCUACACACAGGAUUUCUUAUUCAAAUUAUUUAAAGCAAUUUAUUGCAUAAGAUCAAGAGAUUAAUUAAGAGCUGGGACUCAAAGAGUGUCUGCAUUCACACGCCAACUCCAAAGGGUACCCUAAACUCACAAUGGCAUAUUUUAUUAAGUUUAAAAACAAACAAGUAUUGGUGACACCAUUGCUGUGAGGUGUGGAUGAUUGUAAGAAUCUUAUGGACCUUCCAGCAGAUGCGAAUUACAUAAUAUCAACAUAACUGGUUGUUUGGAGUAAAAUAUGCUCUACAUUUGCAAAUUUAUUAGAUCACAUAGUUUGAUGCAGUGUGACAUGAAUAAGUGCAGGAUUUUAUUCAGAUUUGAAUAUUUUGCCUAUUUGUUAUGUUUACAAGACUUUAUAUAGUCAUAUUUAUGUUGAAAUAUUCACUCAGGUCUACGACCAAUGAACAUCUCUAAAUUGCUUUCGACAUGUUAGUAAUUUUUAUACACAUUAGAGAAUAGUACAUAAAAAAUGCUAUUGAUUUUACAUGCAAUCAAUAUUUUAAAAUUGAAAGACAGGGCAACAAUAUUGAUUGCUAUACAGACUUGAUCUGUUUCCUUACAACAUAUUGUAGUUUAAUUAACAAAUCAUGGUGUAUUAUAUGGUGUGUACUCAUGUAGUGACACACAGGUGAGAAGCCAUGUUAAUCAGUGCAAACACUAUAUUCAAAUACAUUAAAUGAAGGGGAUGCUACUGUAUUACUUAUUGCAUCUGUAUAACAAUGUUCGGUACUGUGAGAAUUAACCAUCUAUAACUAUGUGGAUUUGUAUAUAAUGUUAGGGAUGUGCAUGGCAAAAUUAUUCGGCUCGGUUAGGCGUUUCAAAAUUCGGGACUUCGGCAAUUCGGAAGCAUUCGAAUGUCCGAAAUUCGUCCAAAUUUCCAUUUGGACCAAACCGAAUUGCACAUGUCUAUAUAAUGUUAAUUUUUAGAGUAAUUUCAUUAAUAUAGAAGAUGUAUCACACUUUAUAUUUCUCUUUAAACUGUUAACACAAAAUAUACAAUUAUUUUGACAUAUCAAAAACAAAUUCUCAUAUAAAAAAAGGGUAAGAGCUUAUAUGAUGAUAUAACUAUAAAUUCCAUAUCAUUUUUUAAACCGAUAGUGAAGUUCUUUUUGUAUCUGUAUUAGGCUAGUAAUGCAAAAUUUAUAUAAAAGUGUAUUGCGAUAUAUAUUAAUGUGUUUAUUGGACUAUAAAGAAGUAUGAAAUAACAAGCAUUUAGGAAAAUUUCCUUUUAUCAAGUCUAAAAGAAUUAGAUAAAGAGAGCAAAUCCUGAAAAUCAUUUUUCUGAAAAAAAGGGUAUUACAAGAGUAUUCAAUAUUUUAUAUUAAUGUAUCAACAUAUUAAGGUAUUAAAUAAUCCCAAUCAUACAGGAGAUAUAAAUUUUAUAUGUGCUCGGCAGGUCUUGCAAUAAUUCAAUUACGCUAACACUUUAAAGUAAUGGUGUUUAUAUGUCUUGUGUGUUUAAUUAACAAAUGUUUUUUAAGAUUAAAGUUAUAUUUGGUGGUGCAGAGAUACACAUUAUCUAGUAACCAACGUGCAAAAUGCACGAACUAUAGAUGAAGAGAGAAAAAAUAAUAAUUGUAAUUGCACCUAUGGUUUGCCUUUCAUCUGGAGAUUUUUGACGUACGAUCUGUUUUUGCGCUAUAGGGCAAGUUAGUAAAUUAAAUAUACAUGAUUUUGUUUCUUUAGUGUGUGUCAGAUUUUCAUUCAAGUGCUGGACGUCUGAACCCAAUGGAGCAAGGAAUCCAGGGAGGUUGCAUUUUGGGUCCAGAGUGAACCAAUAUUUCUGUGUCUUAAAGGGAUGUUCACUAUAGUGGGAAUUGUUGGGGAUUCAAAGUGAAUUUUAAAUUUAAGCCAAAGUAGUCAAACUGUAAGCCUAGAUUUUUUUUUUUACGGUUCAGCUAGUUUUGCUUUAAUGUGAAAUUCACAUUGGAUUCACAACAAUUCUCACUAUGGUAGAAAACCUUAUUCAUGUCGAAUGCUGUUCGACACUGAUGUCCUCUUAAAAGAACGCUAUAUCUUCAGGAAUUCUAAACUGUAUUCCUAACACUGUAGUGUCUCUCUGCCUUAAAGUUAUCGUCUAUCCAUUCCCAUACCCAUUUUGUUUUCUGGCAGCAGCCGCAUGCAAGACAUUUUACAAUCCCCAAAUCUGCCAACUUUGAGGUUGGGGUGGGGCCAACUAGAGGUGGCCUGUCUUUCCUGUGCCCGGGGUGAGAGGCUUUCCAUACACCCAGUGGCGUACACACAACCCAUGGGGCCCUGGUGCAAAAACUGACCCGUGGGCCCCCCCGCACGCUUACUCUGCACGUGCUGGGGCCGCAACACAUGGCGGCGGGCACCUGGUCGCAGGGGUUGCAGAGCUGCGACCCUUGUGACCGUAGUGUGUACGCCAGUGCAUGCAGAUACACAUACACUUAAUGGACCACUACAGACACCCAGAUCACAUCAACUCAAUGAAGUGGUCUGGGUGCCAGGUCCCUCUAGUUUUAACCCUGCAGCUGAAAACAUAGCAGUUUCAGAGAAACUGCUAUGUUUCACUGAGGGUUAAUCCAGCCUCUAGUGGCGGUCUUAUUGACAGCCGCUAGAGGAGCUUCCGCGAUUCUUACUGUGAAAAUCACAGUGAGAAGACGCUGAACGUUCAUAGGAAAGCAUUGAGUAAUGCUUUCCUAUGGGCGGUUUGAAUGCGCGCGCGGCUCUUGCUACACAUGUGCAUUCAGAGAGACGGAUCGGGCGGAGAGAUUCCUAGCGCCAAGGGAGUCCGGCGCUGGAGAAAGGUAAGUGCUUAAGACACACACACACUCUCACAAACAGAGGCAUACACACUAGCUAACAGACAGACAGACACAUACACACUCACUUACAAAACACACACUCACUAACAGACGCACACAAACUAACACACUCAGUAACUGACACACACUCUAACACACACACACACACUCUAACACAAACACUAACACACACACACUCUAACACACACACUAACACACACACACACUCUAACACACACACACACUUUUUUUUUAUUAUUAUUUAAUCCCCCCAGCCUCCCUACCUUUUGGAGAGCUGAGGGGAUUCCCUGGGGUCCAGUGGUAUCACAGGGCGGGCAGGCAGGCUGGCGGGCGCGCGAGGGAGCACUCUCCCCUGAGUGCUUCCUCUUCAGCUCCCUCGCACGUCGCGUAGGGAUGCCGGCGCCGGAAGAUGACUUCAUCUUCUGGCUCCGGUAUCAGUGCGGUGACACCAGGGCCAGCCUCGGGGGGCCCUGAGGUGGCCAGCUCCUAGGCCCCCCAAGAGAAGAAACUGGCCACACUGGCAUACAUACCGGGUCGCAGGGCGGCUGGGCUACCUGGUGGGCCGGGCCCGGUCACAGCCGCGACCCUGGUAUGUUCGCCUCUGCAUACACCAAACACAGCAGAAUCACUUGUGUAUGGCCUUUAAAGACCUGUACAUUAUAGCAAGUUUACUGUGUGAGUGUACCAGGUAUUGGGGUUGGCUUGCAUACUGGUGGAGAAAUUUGUUCCUCUAUAGGGUGAAGACAAGAGUAGGAGCAGCAGGGAAGGCUUUACAUUUGUUUUUGUUUUUUUUCUUUUCUUUUUUGAGUUAAAUUUGUCAGGAUUGAAUUUGCAACUGUGUCAUUCUGCAGCUGGAACACGACCUGGAAUUAUUUAGAUUUUUUUUCUUUUUAUAAUAAAAACAACACAAAAUUUCAAGCGAUACACCAUGUACCAUAAACAAAAGUAGACAGCGGUUCCACAAAUCAUGUUUGAUGACUGGAAUUGCUGCCCUAAUUGCAGAAACGGCAUGCCCCAUAUAACCCUGUGAGAUGAGUUAAUAUGUUGCUUUUUAUUUUUGGGAAAAAAGAAUAUAUAACACCUUCAGCAUGCAGUGUAAGGAGCAGUUGCAUGAUUUUUAUUAUUUCAGUUUUCUUUUCUUAUGUCCCUUGUAUCUUCAUAAUUAUACUACUCCUUGCCACUUGCCUUUUUUCCUAUGUCUAUAAAUCUAUAUAUCUUUUUGUCCUUGCACUGGUUGUCAAUAUCCAGGUUUCACAAUUUUGUUUUCCUCUCUCUGCAGUUUGCCCUUCUGUUGCAUUGAUGGAUUGUGGGUAAACUAGUUUAGCACCUGUAAUGGAACUUUAUUUAACCUCUGCUCAUAACUUGCCAGAGAUCACGUCUCUCUUGGCUACAUCAUUGUUCUUGCUCUGCCCCCACCAUGCCAACUCCAUCCUCCAAUACGUCAACCAGUUCCUCCACAUAGAGCCCGCCAUCUUGGAUGGCAGAAUGACCGCUGCGGGUUUCCCAGGUGCUGAGGCUGCUAAUUGGGAGCAGAAGCCACAGACACAAUGACUUCCACAGACCAACCUCCAGGGCGUCGCGGGUGCCUAGGACAGAGGAAUACCAGGCUUUUUUUGUGACAGUCCAUGAUGUCUUCAGUUUGCCCUUCUGUGGGAUUAUUUUGCCUGAUGGAUUAUGGGUAAACUAUUUUAGUACUGAAAUGGAACUUAGUUUAACCUCUCCCUUUGUCAAAACUUAACAAAUAUAAUGAAAAAAACAAGAAUAUUUAUCCACCUAUCUACACCCAAAAGUGCUAGGUGAAAAAAAAAAAAAACAAGUGAAAAUCUACUUAGUUCCUCCCGCCCCACCACGUGCUCCCUUGAUCCUAUUCUCUCGCAUCUCAUCCAUACUAUGUCUCCUUCUCUUGGUUUGUCUCUCACUAAAAUUCUAAAUCUGGCAUUUUUCCAUUACCCUUCAAACAUGCAACUGUAACCCCGAUUCUAAAAAAGCCCAACCUUGACCCUAACUCAAACUACCGCCCUAUCUUGCUACUGCCUUUUGCGUCCAAGAUCCUUGAAAGACUUGUGUAUGUGAGACUGACAGACUUCCAAUUCUCUGCUCAACCCACUUCAGUCUGGUUUCCGCGCUCAGCACUCUGUGGAAACGGCUUUUACCAAAGUAUGAAACAAUCUACUUACUGCAAAAUCUCAUGGCCUACUCUAUCCUAAUUCUCCUUGACCUUUCCGCUGCUUUUGAUACAGCUUCGUCUCAUCCUCCGUAAUCUCGGUCUAUGAGAUAUUGCUCUCUCCUGGUGCUCCUCCUACCUCACCCACCACCUUUUUAGUGUUUCUUUCUAUGGCUCUGCCUCUUCCUCCCAACCUCUCUGUUGGUGUCCCCCAAGGUUCAGUCCUUGGUCCCCUACUGUUCUCGAUCUAUACUGCCUCCCUUGGUAAAUUCAUCAGCUUCUUUGGCUUCCAAUAUCACUUCUAUGCAAAUGACAUGCAAAUCUAUCUGUCCUCCCCUGAUCUCUCCCGCCCCUCUUGACUAGUGUCUCUGACUGCCUCUCUGCUAUUUUGUAAUUGGAUGGCUGCCCACUUCCUUAAGCUCAACUCCCUCAAGUGUUGCUACUCCCGUUUCUGUCACCCUCCACGUUAAUGGUGCUACCAUCAGCUCCACCACGCAGGCUCACCGCCUUUGACUCCGACCUCUCCUUCACCCCUCAUGUCCAGUUGAUUGCCAAAUCCUGCCUCAAAAACAUUGCAUGUAUCCACCCCUACUUAACGCCAGAUGCGGCAAAAGUGCUGGCCCAUGCCACUGUCCUCUCUCACCUUGACUACUGAAAUCCGCUUCUCAGUGGUCUUACUUGCUCCCAACUGGCCCCAUUGCAGUCGAUAAUGAAUGCAGCGGCGAAGCUCAUUUUCCUUUCCGCCCGCACCUCCCACGCCUCACCCCUCUGUCAGUCCCUGUAUUGGCUUUCCGUAAGAUAUAGGGCUCAAUUUAAAAUGCUUGCUUGCUUUCAAAUCGCUACAUAAUGCUACUCCCACCUAUCAAUCCUCCCUAAUACACAAGUAUGUCCCGUCUAGGCCCCUACGCUCUGCUGAAGACCUGCGUCUAUCCUCUUUUUGUACUCCCACCUCUGAUGCUUGCAUCCAAGACUUCUCUAGGGCUGCACCGUUCCUGUGGAACUCCCUUCCCUCUUCAGUUAGAUGCUCACCCAGUCUCCACUCCUUCAAAAAAUAAUUUUAAAAAAUCACUUUUUUCACAAAAGCGUAUCAAUUAAACUGUAAAUGGCUAAAAAAAACUAAACCACACUAAGUCUUCAUUGAAUACUAUUCUACCAAUCUUCUUCCCUAAUACUACCCUUACCUUUUGUGUCACUUUGCCCCACUCCAUCUGGCAUGUAAGCUCAUUGAGCAGGGCCCUCAACCCCUCUGUUUCUGUGAGUCAAACUUGUCUGGUUACAAAUACAUGUUUGUUAGUCCAGCCAUUGUAAAACGCUACGAAAUUUUCUGGUGCUUUAUAAAUAUAAUAAUAAUAUCAACAUAAAACAUAACUUAGAAAUUAACAGCUUCCCAAGAUGGCCUUCCCGAUUGGCUUCCACAUGGUUACAUAUAUGCAAAAUCUGUUUAUAUAUGUAACCAAAUGAGCAUUUAUAAAUGUAUGUAGAUACAUUGUCAGAACUUGCCAGAUAGGACAAGAAUACCAGCAGCAGUAGUCACUACAUUUUCUUAUGUGAAUUUCAAAAACAAUAACGAUAACGUGAAGAAAAGAUACAAAAAAUAAUUCAUUUGAAAACAACAUCUACAAAGUGAGAGCUGCUUUAAUCUGCUUAUUGCCAACGAUUACCAAUGAUCACACCCGUCAUAAGAAAAAGUAGUCCCUUACUAAUGUUUAAUGUAUGAAUAGAUCCAAACAAUACCUUUGCUAGCAAAAUUAGUAGCCAAUGUAUAGAUAGAAUUGUUUCCUCUUUAAAAAUAGCAUAUGUUAUCAUAGGCAUGACAGGUACUCUUUUAAGAUUGAAGGGAGCCUAUAGUCCUGGAAAUAACAUUGUUUAAUAUCGUUUGAAUCAUUAAUCAUUAAUAUAGGUUUGCUUGUUUUUCGGUCUAUAAGUUCCCUUUAAUCUCCGUAACCAUUGUCCACCCCCAUUUGAUAGUAAAAAUUAAAGUUAAAGGGACACUGUAGGCACACAGACCACUUCAGCUCCCAUCACCCUUAACCCUGCAAGUAAUUAUUGCAGUUUUUUUUACCAGACAACCACUAGAGGGACUUCUGGCUUCUUAGAUGACUUUUGGUCAUCUAAAUGACGCUGGACGUCCUCACGCUCUGCUUGAGGACCUCCAGUGUCACGGGAAUCCCCGUAUGAAAGCAUUGAAUAAUGCUUUCCUAUGGUGAGGUGUAAUGCGCGUGAAUGCGAUGGCGGAUGUCGGCAGGGGAGAAGCGUGGGCAGAACCUGACCCAGCGCCAAAGGACAUCGGCGUUGGAUUCAGGUUAGUGUCUGAAGGGGUUUUAACCCCUUCAGCGACAUGGGAUGGGGCACUCCAGGAUCCUCCAGUGCCAGGAAAACGGAUUUGUUUUCCUGGCACUGGAGAAUACCUUUAACUAAAGAUUUCUCACCGUGUGGACAAGAUAUGCAUGCGCGUCAAACUCAGUGUUUCUCCAAACAAAUGCUGCUAUGAGCAGCAUUUUAUUGGAGGGCAGAGUUUGACUUGGUUCUAGGGUUAAAGCGCCUGGAGUCGCUGUCAGGAAGUUAGCCACUAGAGGUGUGUCUAACCCUUCAAUGCAAAUAUUGCUGUUUCUACAAACUGUUUUAGAUUGAAAGGUUAAAAUGUCACGACCACUGCACCCAGACCACUUCACUGAAAUGAUGUGGUGUGGGUGACUUUAGUGGUCACCUAAUAUUGGAGUCCUCUACACUUUUUUCCUCUACACUUUACAUUUCUGUCAACUUUACAUUGUCUGUCAUAUUAUAUACCUCCACUGUAUAAUUGUACAGCACUAAGGAAUGUGUUGGUGCUGUGUAUAUAUAUAUUAAUAAAAAUAAUAACAGAUCAUUUUUGCCAACUUUAGCUAGCAUGACAAUGGAGAAGGAGGGGUAGGGUAGAGCAUGCCAAAGAGUCAAUUAGAGUCAGUUGUGAUGUGCCCAAGGGGUGUACCAUUCCUGCAUGCAUGAAUACCAGGAUGACAGCCUGUCAGGCAGAGCUGCCAAUACCUAGACUACUGCCGAGGUCUCGCCUAUAAACUCCGAUGCCUUGUGAUUCUUGGUUAGUUCAGUAUUAAACACGCUGUGCUGCACUUAGCCUUAAUCUGUCCAACAAAUUCUGACAGAUCUGUGCUGCCAAUUUAUCAAGAAGGUUUCUGUGUUGUGUAAAACACAAUUAUGUGACUUUAUAUUUCUUUUUAACAUUAUUUAUAGUUAUUUUGUUUUCAUAUAAAAGAGACAAAGUAAUAAAAAAAAAGAUGCAAUGGAAUACAACACAGCAAAGCAUCAACCAUUGUUACAACAAUUAACAGAUAUUGCGAAACGAGUCAGCCUGAUACAAAUUCCACCAGAACAUCUAGUGCAGUUGACAGUGUCAUAAGCAGGGUACUCAAAUUCUUUAGUCAGGCUGUGCACAUUAUCUAGCGUAUUAAGUUGCUUAUACUUAUCGCUACUCCUUAAAGUGACGGGUUAUGCAAGAAAAAUAAGUCAAACACCAAUAGGGAAGGGUAAAAGGGUAAUGGUCGUGGACCAGCGGAGCUAGCAUUAAAAUUAAGUGUUUGGCUGUAUAGGUCCUUGUAUCACUCAAUGGCCACUCUGAAUCCAUAAACUGGUCCAAUUGGAUAUUGGGAAAGGGUAUAUUUCUAAGUAUAAAUAUAUAUAACAUCCAGAAUUUUGCAAAUGAUAAACUUCAAAACCCACAGGUUUAAACGGAAAACCGUCUCUUGUGGGGUUACGGUAUAUGAUUUAUGAACAUACUGCCAAUGAGCCCGAUUUUUGUCAGGUCCAUGCCCUCACAAUGUAUACAUGCAUGAUUAGGUGAAUAUAGCCUAUAUAAAUAUAUUCAUGAGUGUUUCACUAACUUUGCAUCUUUUCCUAAGUUGUGUUUUUAAAACUGUUGUAUACAGCAAACACACUCCAAGAAAUCCAUAUUUAAAAUGUUAUGACCUAAUGUUGACCUAAUUGCAUAUGCCCACCCAGAAUCCUUUGCGGUAGUAACAUCACUGCAAAUUUGUGAUUUCUGUGGGAAAAGUAAGUCUUAUGUCUUGACUGGUGUGCAGAUCUUUGUUUAAUAUUUUAUUGAGAUUAUAUAUAUAUAUAUAUACAUAAUUUAAAAAAAAAAAUUCGGAGUCCUGACCAGCUCCAUUAAGUUUGCAUCUUCCCCUGUAACAGGUACCUCAUGCAAGAGUCCUAGUUAAGCUUGUACUGCAGAAUGUCCCAGGAUGAAGAAAGGGCCAUUUUCAAUCUUAUUGGUAAUAAACAGCCACACACUGUCAUCAUUAACAGCCAGUAUUUUGCAGCGCUAGCUAUUUACCAAGAUUUCCAAACUUGUCGCUAUUUUUUUACCACAACCUCGGAAUUCUGGCGUCCUGGAGACGUAUAGGAACCACUCAACCUUUGGUCAGAUAGUUUAUUAUGAUUUUCCUAUAUACAUCAUAUAUCUAUCUGUAGAUUGUUUGAUCAAUUGAAAGAUAUUUAUUUAUUCAUUUAUAAAAUAUUUUACCAGGAAGGAUACAUUGAGAUUUCUCUCGUUUUCAAGUAUGUCCUGGGUUCACAAAACAUUGCAUUGAUACACUAGGGUACAAUAAAAUACAAAAACAAUAUUAAUACAUAAUGUAUACAAAAUCUAACAUAGAACAGGUAAGAACAUAUAAUCAACCAUAACAUGUGCAUUGUGUAGAGAGGGAUCUCUUAAAGGAUUUUAGGCCUGGGGAAGAUGUGCGGGAGGUAGUUCCAUAAUUGCGGCGCUCUGUAGGAAAAGGAGGAUCGGGCUGCUUUCUUUUUGUAUUGAGGUAGACUAAAUAAAGUGCUGGUACUGGAUCGGAGGUUAUAGUAAGUGGGAACAGCCGGGGAGAGCAUUCUGCUCAGGUAGGGUGGGAGAUUCCCAGAAAAGCUCUUAAACAUAAGGCUGGGAAGAUGAAGGGUGCGUCUGGAUUCCAGCGACAGCCAGUUUAGUUCUUUUAGCAUGUCACAAUGGUGGAUCAUGUAAUUAUAUUGUAGUACAAAGUGGCAGAACGCAAUAUUACUAAUACGAUAUUAAAGAUGAUCUUUACAGAAUUUAUUGGCACCUUGAGAAUGCACCUUAUCUUUCAGAGGAUGCCCUAUAUUAAAUGAAAUGAUUUGGUAUUGAAAGCGUGCUCUCAUAAUUUAUAGUAGUCUGAAAAUGUGACACAUUUGUAACUAACAUAUUAGCCAACGUAUAUCACACUAACCAUAAAGUUUCUACUGUUUUUUACCAGGACAUUUCAUGGGUAAGAAGAGCCUACAGGACUCAUACAGUUUCAGUGACCAAGGAUUAGAAGAGUCGGCCAUCUUUCCUCCACGCAACGUAGAUAGCAUGAGAACGGCCCUACUGCAAGAGCAGCGCAGAGCACAAUCAUCCAGCCAACUGCAAGGCCCACAGGUAUGAAUGUGAAUGUUUAGGUACAGAUUAAAUGGAAGAGGAGAGGCCUGCCCAGGGUUAUUUGGCACCCAGGCUCCAUCACAGCUGUCUGAAGACAUUGGAGUUGCAGCUGUUCAAUAAUAUUGUUGUGUUUGGCUUAAGUCAUAAAAUCAUGAGUCAGUAAGUUGGUAGUAGUUGCUUGAUUGCAGUUGUUCCAUUAAAAUUUUCUGAUAAAUGGAACAAUUGCAAAGCCCUAGUCUACAUAUCCAACCUAUCCGAAGCUCCUUCAAAAAUUUCAGUUAAGGAUUCUACAUAUGUGUGUAUAUGAGGUGAGUUCAAUAGCUCUAUUCUCACUGCUUGAACAUGUAUGUAUGUAUGUAUGUGUACCUUCCAACAUUGGGAACCAUGGAUGUGGGAAGGGGGCAAGGCAGAAGGGAGUAGAAUUGAAGAGCAGGCCCUCCGCACACCCUGGAAAGGGAUAGACAUAUCUGGAAAAGAGUGGCUCUCUUAAAAGGGGCCAUGUCAGCUAGACAAGCACACAGACCAGUCUCAUUCAGGGCUGCUCAUCUGCAGAGAAAUUUGGAAGCACUCGCAUGGGCUCAAUUCCCUGACUGUGUACUAUGGGCAACACAAGAAUGUCUAAAUACGUGAUCAUGCAGUGGUUUCUAGGGACGUGAUUUCUGGUGACCCCAGAAGCAGGGCAUCAUAUAGGAAACCCAGGGUGGUUGGAAAGAACCCGAAAAUCAGGACUGUUUCUCUGAAUCCAGGAUUGUUGAGAGGUAUGUGUAUGUAUGUAUGCAUUGGAUAGAUCAGGGGUAAGCAACCUUCUGCACCAGAUGUGUGGACUACAUCUCACAUAAUGCUUCUACAGCCAAAAUGAUGUCAAAGCAUCAGGAGUGAUGUAGUCCACGAAAUCUGGAGUACCAAAGGGUUGCCUAACCCUGCAAAAGAUGGAUGGCUAGAUAGAUGGAUGGCCGUAGUGCCAAUGUUAAUGAAUACUGUGCCCUUUAUUAAAAUGCUAUAGGUUUGCUUGUUCACAAACAGCUGUUGAGUCUGAAUUUCAACCCCAUGCUAACCAGUAUCUAUGUUUAUUUCUUUCCCAGCGAAUAUUAAGGAAAAUCCUGGAGCAGUAUUUUAAAAAUUACCAGAAGUAAUGAAGAUAUCGACCCUCCUGUACAUACAAAAAUAAAAUAUAUAUAUAUAUAUAUUUGUGCCUGAGAUACAGAACUUAUUUCAGACAUUCCAAAGGCUAUUGUUUACAAAUGAAAUCAUUUAAAAAAAAAUAAUGAAAUGGAAAUGUUUCCACUCAUAUUUUGAAUGUAAGAUUCUUUUUUUAAUGUUAAUGUAAUAACUAUCAUCUCAAGAGUAUGUACGGAAUAUUUUUCUGCCAUUUUAUGGAGUGUUCUACACAAACCUGUGAAUAAACGACAUUCUUUGCA